UCCUUCCAGAACCAGAUAAAGUCAGAAACCUCUCUGUUACUGAGAUCACCACUUCCUCUAUAUCUCUGAACUGGACCGAACCAUUAGGAAACAGUUCCUUCUAUAGAGUACAAUGGACAAAUGGAUCAUCUACUCUAAAUAAAAGUGUGUUUGAUAAGACCACGACUAUAUCUAACCUAACUGCUGGUGAAAAUUAUGACAUAACGGUCACAGCUGUGGCAGCAGAUGAUCAAACCGAGGGAGAGAGUGUUUCUACUGUCAAAUAUACAAAACCAGAUAAAGUCAGAAACCUCUCUGUUACUGAGAUCACCAUUUCCUCUAUAUCUCUGAACUGGACCGAACCAUUAGGAAACAGUUCCUUCUAUAGAGUACAAUGGAAAAAUGGAUCAUCUACUCUUAAUACAAGUGUGUUUGAAAAGACCACGACUAUAUCUAACCUAACUGCUGGUGUCAGGUAUGGGAUAAAUGUCACAGCUGUGGCAGCAGACAAUCAAACCGAGGGAGAGAGUGUUUCUACUGUCAUAUAUACAAAACCAGAUAAAGUCAGAAACCUCUCUGUUACUGAGAUCACCACUUCCUCUAUAUCUCUGAACUGGACCGAACCAUUAGGAAACAGUUCCUUCUAUAGAGUACAAUGGAAAAAUGGAUCAUCUACUCUUAAUACAAGUGUGUUUGAAAAGACCAUGACUAUAUCUAACCUAACUGCUGGUGUCAGGUAUGGGAUAAAUGUCACAGCUGUGGCAGCAGACAAUCAAACCGAGGGAGAGAGUGUUUCUACUGUCAUAUAUACAAAACCAGAUAAAGUCAGAAACCUCUCUGUUACUGAGAUCACCACUUCCUCUAUAUCUCUGAACUGGACCGAACCAUUAGGAAACAGUUCCUUCUAUAGAGUACAAUGGAAAAAUGGAUCAUCUACUCUUAAUACAAGUGUGUUUGAAAAGACCACGACUAUAUCUAACCUAACUGCUGGUGUCAGGUAUGGGAUAAAUGUCACAGCUGUGGCAGCAGACAAUCAAACCGAGGGAGAGAGUGUUUCUACUGUCAUAUAUACAAAACCAGAUAAAGUCAGAAACCUCUCUGUUACUGAGAUCACCACUUCCUCUAUAUCUCUGAACUGGACCGAACCAGUAGGAAACAGUUCCUUCUAUAGAGUACAAUGGAAAAAUGCAUCAUCUACUCUUAAUACAAGUGUGUUUGAAAAGACCACGACUAUAUCUAACCUAACUGCUGGUGUCAGGUAUGGGAUAAAUGUCACAGCUGUGGCAGCAGACAAUCAAACCGAGGGAGAGAGUGUUUCUACUGUCAAAUAUACAAAACCAGAUAAAGUCAGAAACCUCUCUGUUACUGAGAUCACCACUUCCUCUAUAUCUCUGAACUGGACCGAACCAGUAGGAAACAGUUCCUUCUAUAGAGUACAAUGGACAAAUGGAUCAUCUACUCUAAAUAAAAGUGUGUUUGAUAAGACCACGACUAUAUCUAACCUAACUGCUGGUGAAAAUUAUGACAUAACGGUCACAGCUGUGGCAGCAGAUGAUCAAACCGAGGGAGAGAGUGUUUCUACUGUCAAAUAUACAAAACCAGAUAAAGUCAGAAACCUCUCUGUUACUGAGAUCACCACUUCCUCUAUAUCUCUGAACUGGACCGAACCAUUAGGAAACAGUUCCUUCUAUAGAGUACAAUGGACAAAUGGAUCAUCUACUCUUAAUACAAGUGUGUUUGAAAAGACCACGACUAUAUCUAACCUAACUGCUGGAGUCAGGUAUGGCAUAAAUGUCACAGCUGUGGCAGCAGACAAUCAAACCGAGGGAGAGAGUGUUUCUACUGUCAUAUAUACAAAUCCAGGAAUAAUUCAGAAUCUGAUUUCAUUUUUCAACACAACCUCAAUCUCCUUGAACUGGACGGCCCCUCUGGGUCAGGUGUUCACUUACAAAGUGGAAUGGUGUCGAGGUGGAUGUCAGAAUUCUUCGAGCAUCUUUGUGAAUAAGUCCUUUGCUACGCUGUCGGAUCUGAUUCCCGGCUCCUCCUACACCAUUAAUAUCACUGCUGUCGCUAAAGACAAUCACACUCUAGGAGAACCUUACACCAGCAUUAUUGUCACAAAGCCUGAUGUGGUUAAAAAUCUCAGAAUUUUUUCUGUUACAACCACAUCUGUGUCACUAUCGUGGGAUAAACCGGAGGGCAGCGCCGACUCGUACAUCGUCAGGUGGAAUUCAACAAAAGAAAUCUCCUCCAAUAAAACAAACAACUUGUCCUUCAACAUUACAAACUUAACUCCUGGAGUUCUGUACAACAUUUCCGUGACGGCUGUGGCUGGAAAUGAGGGGAAUCAAGUUUUUAAUAAAACCUUCACAAGGCCAGAAAAACCUCAGAAUAUUUCCGUUACAGCCAGAGAUACUCAGAGCCUAAACAUCAGUUGGAGAUUGGAGAGAGGAGAAGUGGAAUAUUUUGAGGUGAACAUUUCAAACGCAGCGCUAAGUUACGCCUAUUCCAUCACAGCACCUGCUCUGAGAGCAUAUUUCAUGGGUUUAAAUCCUGGGAGACUCUAUUACAUCGUCGUGACUUCUGUUGUUGGAGACUUCAGGAGCCCGUCUGAUAAUUCUUCAUUUGCCACUGUUCCUGUCCCUCCGGUCUCCCUCAUCAUUGCUGACCGGACCAACUCCUCACUCAUAUUGAACUGGACCAUCCCUGACCUCUUGAAAGGAGCUCCUGACAUCAGUUUUCUCAUCACAUACAAUGAUACAACAACAGUCAGGGCUGAAGGCAACAGCAAAGAGCUGCAAAUGCUCAAAUCUGGAACACUCUACAACAUAACUGUAGCAACUGUUGGACCCCAAAACCUCAGCAGCACAGCCAUCCAGAACUCCUCCUACACCUUGCCCAACCCGGUGUUGAAGGUUGAAGUGAGACUUUUGUCUACGACUUCAGUAAUGGUCAAUUGGACGGAGCCACAAGAUUUCCAUGGGUACUAUCAGUACUUGGUUCAAACAUACAAUCUCACAAAUGCAGUUGUUAGUUUCAAAAAGGUCAACAGCACCAGCAUCAUCAUAGAAAACCUGGAGCCAGGAUCACAGUACUUCACCAAUGUCACCACAAUAGCUGCAGCAGGGAGUGAAUCUCCUGCAGUGCAGACGUCCUUUCACACAAAGCCCAAAGCAGUGACUGGACUCAGAAAUGUUUCUGAGACAACGUCUAUCCAGCUGACGUGGCAGCGGCAAAGUGAUUUUAAAAGUUCCUACAAAUACCUGGUGGAGGCUUACCAGGGCGCCGUGUUGGUUCAGAAUAGAACAGUGGAGCAAGAGACAUACAACUUCACUGAACUGAGUCCUGGAACCUUGUACAACUUUUUUGUGUCUGUUGUCGUAGACAAAGUCUUUUCUGAGAAGGAAACCAUCAGCUCCCAAACAAUUCCUGAAAAGGUUCCCCACCUUACAGCGACAGGAACCACUACCAGCCUGAAUGUGACGUGGACCGCGCCGAGAGGGCAGGUGUCCUCGUACUCCAUCCGCCUGUUUAAGAACAACGUGUUGGUGUCAAAUAAAACGGCGCCAAACAGCAGCACUUAUGAGCUGUUUGAGGGUUUGGACCCUGGAGUGCUUUACCAAGUACAGCUGGUCACCAUAAGUGGGCCGGUUCAGAGCAACUCCAGCACCGUUUCCAACGCCACCUUCCCCACCCCUCCUGGCCCCAUCACGGUGGUCAGUCAGACGGUUCGUUCCAUCAACUUUACCUGGUCCCCCCCAAACAACAUGAGCCAAGAUCAGUACAACUUCACUGUGAGGGGCAAUAACACCAAUAACAACAUCACUAUCCAGAGGAGCUGGUUCCUGCUGGAGGGGCUACAGUCUGGAAGCCUUUAUUUCAUCUCAGUCAUCACAGUUGGGGUGUUGGGGUACCAGAGCACUGUGCUAAACGCAAAUAAAUACUCCAAGCCGUACAGCAUUUCCAAUCUGACGCGGACUCAAAUCACCACAGACUCUGUCGACCUCCGAUGGGACCAGCUGGAGAGCAAACCCUACUAUUCUUACAACGUGCAAGCCUUCAAUUCUUCCUAUUCAGAGAUCUUUAGCUCAAAUAACAGCACCACUUACGCAACGGUCUACGGUCUUCAGUCUGGAACCACAUAUACCUUCAAUGUCACAACGGCAGUACCAGACGGCACGCGCUCAGAGCCCAGCAUGGUGUCAUACUCCACGCGGCCGUUUGCUGUUUCUGGUUUAGGGGCACUAACCUUAAAUACAACUUCUAUUUCCCUCAACUGGACACAACCCAGUCAGUACAAAAGUUACUACAUGUACAUUGUGAAGACCAUCUGGGCCGGUGGUAUCACAAAUAUCACUGUUCAGAAUGAAAGCGCUGUAAUCUCCGCCCUCAUCCCGGGAACCAACUACUCCUUCUGUGUCACUGUCAUCUUACCGGACUCCACUGAGGGGAAGGAGAUCUGCACACAUCAGUACACUAAACCUGAAAAGGCAAAGCCCAGUUCGGUCCAGAGCGACGGCUCCAACUCGUCGAUUUUAGUGACUUGGACUUUUCCUUCUGGAAAUGUGGAGAUGUACAGGCUGACUCUGAACAGCACAGGUUCUGGGUAUAACGACACAAAGAAGCUGAACUCCAACACCACCUCAUUCAGCUUUGAGGGUCUGAAAGCGGGAACGCUCUACACCGCCCGGUUGACCACAUGCACUGGACCCUUUUGUGAGGACUCGGACUACGUUACCAAUGCAACCUUCCCCAACCCCCCUGGGCCCAUUAAGAUCCUGAACCAGACCACCAGCUCCAUUCAGGUGGAAUGGGGAGAAGCUCCUCUCAUGUCGUCUGGAUUUGACUACAAACUUCUGAUUUACCCGACAGGAAAUAUCACUGUAGUCCCUUCUCACAACACCAGUUUUACUUUUACACCUCUACUGUCCGGGACUCCGUACAACAUCUCUGUGAAAACUGUGGGGCCCAUGGGUCUGGAGAGUGGAAGUGUUUUCAGGACCGGGGUCAGCACAAGACCACAUGUGGUGCAGAGUCUUCAGGCUUCUCCACAGGAAACGAGCAUCACAGUCAGCUGGGACCGGCCCCUUGAAUACAAGCAAACAUACUACUACAAUGUCUCCUGGAGAACAGGGACAUCAGAGCAAUAUACCAUCAGCAAGUUGGAGAAUAUCAACAUCCCCGCCCUGGUGCCAGGCACUCUGUACAUCCUCAGUGUGACAACAGAGACUGCUGAUGGGACGCAGGCCGCCCCAAUUACCACCCAGACAUGGACAAGCGUGAGCCGUGUGACGAAUUUGAUGUGUGUCGGACCAAACCGGACCAACGCCGAGAUCUGGCUGUCCUGGAAAAAAGCCGCUGGCCUGAGCACCGCCGUUAUCAUCCAAGUAGACAAUCAAAACUACACUGUGCCUUCAAACAGCUGCAGUUCAGAGGAAUGGUGUAACUACACCGUUUCCAACCUAAAAUACUACACUGAGUAUCGCGUGGAUGUGUGGACCCAGAGCUCAGGACAGUAUAGUCCCUCUGUUGUCAGGGACUGCAUCACGGGCAUCACAGAACCUGUCAUUCCCCCAAACUACGCAUCCAUGGCUAAUGUGUCUGCUACCGACUACCACAAGUUCACCAUUGUGGUUUCCGGGGAUCUGUUAAACAAAUCUUCCGGACCGAUCACUCACGUCGGGGUUCUGCUGACCCAAAGCAUCGCAGAGGGAAACGCUUGUCAUAAAGCGUUUCUGACAAAAACGUACAACGACUGGAAAAGUGGCUCUUUGGAGGCGUACCUGACUGCCGUCCAAACUCCCGUCACCGGGACGCGCUCCGCCAGCAGCCUGAUCAUCGACGUAGGGACGUCGGCCAAGUGGGAAAACUAUGUCAACGGUGAACUGGAAGAAGGUCAAACCUAUCGAUACGCCAUCGCACUUUUCACGAGUCUUCAGCUGAAUGCCAGCCGUGUGGACGUCGUCAACUCUAUUGUCACGAUCACAAAUUUUUAUCCUUCGAUCGUACUUCCAAAAAACUCAGACUCAGUUUUGGUGGCUAUAGCUGUUGGAGCAGCGCUUGGAAUCUUGGGAUUGCUCCUCCUCAUCCUCAUUGGCUACAAUAUCUACAGGAAAAGAAGGUCGUCAGUUAAAGAAACGCCACAGAUCCAGAUUCAUUCAAUGAGAGCCAAAGUAAGUGCAGCAGUGAGAGUGGAGGACUUUGAGGCGUACUAUCAGAAGCAGAAAGCCGACUCCAACUGCGGCUUCGCUGAGGAGUUUGAGGACCUGAAGGUGGUUGGAACGAGUCAGGCUAAAGUCCACGCGCUGAAUCCGUCUAACAAACCCAAGAACCGCUACAACAAUGUUCUUCCCUAUGAUUCCUCCAGAGUCAAACUUUCCAUCAUCCAUGGAGAUCCGUGCGACGAUUACAUCAAUGCCAACUACAUGCCGGGCUACCAGUCCAAGAAGGAGUUCAUCGCAGCUCAGGGUCCUUUGCCCGGGACGGUCAACGACUUCUGGAGGAUGAUCUGGGAGAAGAACGUGCGGACCAUGGUCAUGCUGACGCGCUGCAACGAGCAGGGACGCGUGAAAUGUGAGCAGUACUGGGCUUCAGGUGUCAAAUCCUGCGGCGACAUCAUUGUGAAAACCACCUCUGACAUAAUCCUGGACGACUGGACUAUCAAGGACUUUAACAUUAAAAACGUGAAAACCGCAGAGAUGCGCGCCGUCCGUCACUUCCACUUCACCGCUUGGCCGGAUCACGGCGUUCCAGAGACCACGGAGCUCCUCAUCAGCUUCAGACAUCUGGUCCGGGAGCACAUGGACCAGUACUCCCAGCACUCCCCCACCGUGGUCCACUGCAGCGCUGGCGUGGGCCGCACCGGCACCUUCAUCGCCAUCGACCGGCUCAUCUUCCAGAUCGAAAGGGAAAACAUUGUGGACAUUUUUGGCAUCGUCCAUAACCUGCGAAUGCACCGGCCCCUGAUGGUGCAGACAGAGGAUCAGUACGUCUUCUUGAACCAGUGCGCCUUGGACUUCAUCCGAUCCAGAACGGGGAACAAUGUGGAUCUAAUCUACCAGAACACAGCAGCGCUCUCAAUCUACGAGAAUAUUUCACCUAAAAAGAGGGGUUACUGAAAACUCCGCCCCUUUUUUCUAGUCUAAGCAACAAAAAAGCAAGCCAGCGUGCAAAGGGAGCGCUCUCAAGCUGCACUUCAGCUUCAAAUGAUCCCUUGUAUUUAUUUUUAUAACUUUUUUUAAAUUAAUGUUUGUUACUUUAGUGUGUAGAAGCAAAAAUGAACACAAUCAUGAACCAAAGACCUGCAGACGCUGCAGAUCCUGCAGACGCUGCAGAUCCUGCAGACGCUGUAGAUGCUGCAGACCUUGGUAAUGAUGUGAAAGAGAGGAGGAGCUUUGAUUGCACUACAGCUUUUAGGAUUGGCAGGCCUCACACCUUUAUGAGUUUGCUCUUGUUCGAACAAGGUGCUCACUGAUCCUGGGAUGAAUUCAGCCUCACACCACUAGGUACAUUAUCGUGAGCAAUGUAUCGCAAAUCGUAUCGUAUCCUGAGGUACCCAUUGAUUCCCAGCCCUAAUUCAAAAGCUGCGACUCAAAGAAUCCAUCAAUCAAGAAUCCUGUGAUGAAUUCAGCCUCACACCACUAGGUGGAGCCCUUUCUCCCCACCCCAGAGACGAUCGGGGCUGUAAUGAAAGCUUUGCUCUCCAAAAGGAAAGCUAAUGUGAAUUGUGCAAUGUGUUGAAUGACUGUUUAUUUCAGAAAGCACUGCGUUGUGAAAGAUGCACUGGAUGCAUCUGAUCUUCACGCUUCACUUUAAACUAUGAAGAGGAUGUUCUAGUGUUUUUAUCUCUAGGCCAGUGAUUUAUUAAAAGGAACAUUUUUCUGUUUCCUGGUUGGAUUGUUGCACCUCAGGAACUGAAUGAAGUUGGACUCUUUCCUAACACUGAUGCUGUAAAAACUCUUUCCCCAGAGAUCUGUGCAAUUCUGUCUUUUUUAGUUUACUUUGAUUCUUUUAUGGCCUAAUAUUACUGUUUCAUUCCUGCUUUACACCUGAAGCAUUGAAGCAUUCCUGCUCAUUUCCUGUUAACAAACUGGAUUUUAUAGUUAGCAAAUGUUUCCAUUAGGUACGUUUUUCAAAUGCUGCUGAGCUCCUGUUGUUUUUUAUCCUAUGCAUUGAAAAAGCUGGAAGCAUUUCUAUUUUUAGGAUGAUUGAUAGCAGAGAAUGCGUUUGUACAUAUUUUUGAAAGGCUUGCCACAUGCUUGCUGGUUCAGUGCAACAAUGUAAUGAGAGCUUGAUUUACAAAUGCUUUUCUUUUAAUUCAUUAAAGGAAAAGGGACAAAAGAUAUUAUAUUUUGUGAUAAAUAUGGAAUAAAGCACGCAGCUUUCAUACGUUAAA